AUGGAACGCAACAACUCACCUUCGAAUUUGAAGCAAUUACUGCCGUCGCUGCCGAACGAACUAUUGGAAAAGAUACUUCAGCAUGUAGACACUGACAAUUUGAAACCUUUCUUAUUUCUCAACAAGUUUUCCUUCCGUUUGGUUCAAAAGCAAGUUCAUAAAAAGGUGAUAUUUCCUUCCAAACAAGGCAUAACCGAGUCUGACGUUAUCGGCUUUUUCGAGAGAUAUGGAGAAUCUGUUCGAACAAUAGUGUUCCCAGAUGAAUUACCUGUCGGAGCAGCGAUAUACGCGGCCAUUGCCCAAUAUUGUCCUAAGGUUUCUUUUCUCUAUUCAACGAACAAUGAAUCAAUAGGUACUCUAAAAAACCUCUGCCAUUCGUUCAAAAAUGUUAGUUUCAUGACGCCAUUACAGGAUGAUGAGCGGGACUAUUAUUUUCCAAACUUUCGCAAAACGCUCAACUUUUAUCAACUAUCAGAUGGGCGUCACAUGGUUUUCUAUCGCGCCUUGAAAGAAAAGGUAGUGGUGUUUUCACGUAAAAAACGCUUUUAUGCAGGCGCUAAUCAACCUUCAAGCGCUCGGAUCUCCAUCUUGCAACUAUUUGAGGGUAUCUCUUCGGAAUUUAACCAUAGAAACACCUUCGAUAGUAUAUUUCUAUCAAGAAUACAAGUUCUUCACAUAAGAUGGCCUAAAAAUCAAGCUCCUUUGAACUCAUCGCAAGCCCAAUUACUUAGUCGCUAUUGUGCUAAUGUAAGGGUUUUGGCGGCUUCUGCAAUAAAUAAGGGGGCAUUACGCUUGAUACUGAAUGAGUGGCACAGCCUAGCGUCAAUAAUCAUCAGCAGUUUUCUUUCUGAUGAUAUACCACAAAAAAUCCAUUCAGUCAACAGAGUUGCUAUUAAUACAAUUCGAAACCAUAAAAGGGUAUGGUAUUUGGAUGAAUCAUCAUUUAAUUACAUGCCAUAUUACUUUAUAGGUCUCUAUACAAAUGUAUAA